ACCCCCAAGAAAAUGAUAAAGUAAAAUUCGAUUUAACACUAAAAAUAAACCUAUUUGCUUUUUCUUGUUUGUACACGUUACCUUUUCCGGUUUUUAAAUGAGCACAACUUAAUUAUGCGCGUGAUCACUUGUCACAACACGCAAAAGCCCUCAAGCGUUCUCUAUCUCGCAUAAAUUAGGUAUGAAGGAAUUGAGUCUGCCAACGAUUAUAACAUCAAUGAAGACCAGAAGUGUUAAAAUGCACUUGUCAAUGGCAUUUUUGAUGGUCUUCGCUCUUAGAAUCGGGAACUCUUGUCAAAAUAUUAACAGUGACGAAGAUCAUGACGGCAAAUACACGAUGCACGUUUCAGACGUUUACCAAACGGCAGUGGAACGGGAUUACGAGAGCGAAAACCCCAAAGUUUGUGGGGCAGAUGUGAAAUGUCACACCAACGAAAUGUCAAUAUCUCUUCCUAAGUCCUUACUUGUUAGCAUCGACCGAGAAAACCUUCAGCUCCUGGAUCCAACCUGUACGGCAACGGAAAAUAGUACGCAUUUUGUUCUAACAACGACUCUGAUUGGAUGCGGGACCUCCAGCAGUCAGACUGAGAACAGCCUGGUAUACAGUAACAGGGUUCGUCAUGUUCCUCCGGGGACAGCAGUUAUCACGCGAGCACCAGAGGUUCAAAUUUCUUUCAGCUGCCAUUACUCUAAAUAUGGUUUUGUGUCAACUGGAGCUCUACGCAGUGAAAAAAGAACAAAUAUAAACAGGGCGGCAGAAAGAGUAUUCGAUGAAGAUAUCUGCUGGAAUAACAGGUGUGGUGUGCUUGCUAGAUUUUAAACUGCAACCAUUUUCUCCGGGGUAUUAGAGCCAUGUCCAGUGCUGGCCUUGGAAUCCCGAGUUUCCGCAUCGGAGUCGACUCAAUAUCACAACUGUGCACGUGUGGAAGUGUAGAAUAAUGUGACAAACUGGAAAUUUAAACCGGCCUUUUUCCCCAGCCAUUCCACACUUGUCAUUCUUUACUUAGUUCCACAUUCCUCUAUGCGUAGAAGUGACUAGCUGUGAAAAACUUUGGAUUUCAGCAGCCUUUUCCUUGGCCAUUUCACAUUUGUCAUUCUUUGCUUAAUUCUACACUUCUCUAUAUGUGGAAGUGCAGAAUGCUGUGCCAAACUAGGGAUUUUAACGCCUUUAGGCCAUGAUCAAUCCACAAUUGUUGUUAAAAGAAUAAAUAAUAAAUAAAAAACUUUAUUUUUACGUCAAAUAUAUUUAGCACUGUUGUGUUAAAAUGAUGACCCUGUAAUUGAAAAUUAACUAAGCAAACUGAUUGCAAAUGGAACAUAAACUAGACAGCAAUCACUUUGUGUAGAUUUUUGAACUGAAAACAACGUUAUAAGACCUUAUAAACUGUGUUAUAAUGUAGUGUUAUGGCUGCAUUCGCAUCUAUUAUCAUGUCUAUAUUUCAUUGCUACUGUUUUUCAUCUAUUACUAUGGUAGUACCGUAUAUUGCUGUCUGCCAUGUACAAAAUAGCUUAAUAAGACGAGGAAAAACUACGAAGAGUUAGAAGUAAACAUUAAUGGAACAAGCACCAGGAUAAUUUGGAUAUAUGAUACCUAUACUGAAUGCAACACCAAAUGUGUUAUAAAGACAAUGGUGGUGAUAACCUGCUUUAAACUUUGAAGAGUAAAUGGAGUAACUAUUGGCGGUUUUCUUUUCUCAUUCUCA